GUAGAUAGUAUCUCCGUUGCCAUUUUACCAUUCCCUACCACUCGAACUCUUUAGUAAGUAUUCUCGAUUUGCCCGCUGCUACUCUGCUGUUGGUCCACGACUGCCAAUUCACUAUCUCUCCACGACCGUACAGCCGGACAAGAUCGCGUAACCGCGCACGUUUUCAUUUCGGAAUAGAGAGAAAUUUUUAAUUUAACAAUUUUUCAUUUUCGAUACUUUCUUUUGUCAAAUUUUUCACUAUUUCUAAAUGUACAUUUCUAGAUGUGGACAAACAAUGUGCGUGUAUUGCGGUUGGAGAACUAUUUUUACUAAUAGAAGUGAUGAGUUCGAGACGCAUUUCACAAAUAAUAAUUCACGUCAGUGCGUAAAGUUGAUUCUCAAGUAACUGGGGCUGCACGCAACCGAGCAAAAGGAUGAACCACAGCGGAAGCGUGCAUUUUACUUCCAUGCAUCGAAAUCACUUCGUUCACGAACUUCUCUGCAGCGCCGAUUUCACGUGCUUUUCGAAUCAAAUUGAUCAUCCCCAAGUGCUGGCAAUAUACAAAUGUGGCGGGAGAUUCGAAUUUCGAUGAAUUUAAGGGCAUAUAGAAAAAAAAGAUAGGAAAAGUGUUCUAAAUUUCUUGUUAUACCUGUACAAAGAAGUGCUUCUUGUUAACGUGUAAAUUAGUGAAGAUUGUAAAACGUGUGUGCAUAUAUUCACGUUGUAGAGAAACUUACUGUCAUCGCAAGUCCUUUUCUCUGAUGCCGUUGUGGGUUACAUAAAGCAGGAUUGGAUUUUACUGAGCAGUUAAUGAACCCCAUGAACCCAGUUAAUCAUCUCGUAAAAAACGUUCGGCGAUAUUAUAUUGGAUAUCUUAGUUUCGAGUAUCAGUCAAGUGAAAAUAAACCAGUGAUUCGGCCAGUGAGAGAAAUCAUUUGUCUGCAAUUGAUUAAUUAGUGCAUUAAAAUUUUUGUUUUAAGAACAAUUUUUACUUAUGUUCAUUUAGAACAAUGUUGGGAGAGGUGACAUGAAAUUUUUAUACUAGUUCAUGUGUCUUGACAGGGUAAAUUAGAUGCGAAUUUCUUGUUAUGGUGCUAAGGAUCAGGAAAAUAUUAAUUUAAAAAAUAUUUAUUUUUUAACAGCUUCUUGCAAUAAUUUACAAGAAAAUGUUUUAAUAUUCCUUUAGUCAAGAAGACGCUUAGACUUAAAUUAUUUAGCAACUUAAUUUUAAUAUUAAUUUGCAAAGCUGGCUUUGCAUUUUUUAUUUCGAAUUUUUAGUUUGUGCCAAUUUUUUAUAGUGUAAAGAUAAAAGGGUGGGUGGGAGGAGAGAUACAAGUUUAGCAAAACGUUAAGAAAAUAGAAGGUUUAUAAAUAAUUUGUGGUUGUAAAAAGAAGAAAAAGACAAAAUGAGAUUCAUCACGUCCUUGUUCGGCGACGGUUCGCCCAAGAGGAUGGGCAGACAGUACAUGAAGGUGGGAAGAAAUGCACUUUUUGGAAUUAAACCCAAUCGAGAUGGGGAAAUUCCAAUGGAGAAGGUGCCCAAACCACUUAGCAUGCUCAUCUCUGAACGAGGGAAAUUCAGACAUAGUAGAUUAGCAGCUAUUCUUUUUGGUAUCUUGGCUCUUACUAUUGGCAUUAUCUUAAGCAGUAUACCUUGGGUUGAUUAUGUUAUUUUAAGACAAUUAAGACUAUGGAAUGGAUCCCUAUCUUUUCAAUACUGGCAAAAACCCGGUGUUGUUCGACUCACCAAAGUAUAUAUAUUUAACGUUACAAAUGCUGACAACUUUUUAAAUUUUAACGAGAAACCGAAACUCCAAGAAGUUGGACCAUUUGUCUACAGGGAGGACAUGGAGAAAGUGAACAUCGUUUUCCACAAUAAUGGCACAGUAACCUAUCAGCAUAAAAAAAUUUUGAACUUUGUCCCAGAAAUGUCGAAAGACAAAGAAUUACAAUUACUUGUGCCAAAUAUCCCUCUUCUAACAUUAUCGUCGCAAAGCAGAAGUCUUCCAGGGUUCAUCACACUUGGCAUAUCGAUGUUCCUUAGGAGUUUGGAUUUAAAACCAUUUAUUCCAGUGACAGCUCAGGAAUUAGUUUUUGGUUACGAUGACCCUUUAGUAAGUUUGGCUCAUAGAUUUUUCCCAAAAACUCGGAGACCAAUGAGCCGGAUGGGACUUCUUAUUGGAAGGAAUGGUACUCUGGACGAAGUACACACUAUAUACACAGGUCAUACGGAUAUGAAGGAAUUUGGACUUUUAAAUAGACUAAAUGGAUUGGAUAGUUUACCAUAUUGGGAUGAUCCGCCUUGUAAUUCAAUACGAGCUUCUGAAGGUUCCUUCUUUCCCCCACGAGACCUAACUGGAGAAAAUAUUGUUCACGUUUGGGACAAGGACUUGUGCCGAGUCCUACCAAUUGAAUAUCGAGGUCCGUCUGACAAGGAUGGGAUUAGAGCAGACUUGUACACUCCAGCAGAUAAUGUAUUCGAUCCACCUAGUAAUAAGACACCUGAUAAUGAAUGUUUCUGUCCCGAAGAUCCGUCAACUUGCCCUCCGAAGGGUUUGCAGGAUAUCAGUCCCUGUCAAUUUAGUGCUCCAGUUUAUCUCUCGUUUCCUCACUUCUACAAAGCAGACCCUAAACUUAUAAACGCCGUGUCAGGAAUGAAUCCAAAGAAAGAGUUACAUGGAACUUACUUUAAAAUACAACCAAAAUUGGGCGUUCCUUUAGAGGGAAAAGUUCGGCUGCAACUGAAUCUCAAAGUGGAGCAUCAGCCAAACAUUAGAGCAGUUUCCCAAUUUCCGGAUAUUGUCUUUCCAAUUAUGUGGCUGGAGGAAGGAGUUGAAGAAUUGACGCCAGCAAUUAGGCGAUGGGUCUACCUCUCAACAACAUUUGCCGAUGCGGCAGUUCCCUGCAUUGCUUAUGGUGUAAUUCUAGUCGGAAUAGUAACUUUAAUAACAGUUUUCGUUAAGGCCUACAACAAUGUUGUAUUGACGCAUGAGGCCAUCGAAUUAGGCAAAAGAACUAUUAGGAGAGGUUCGUCGUUUUUGAUCAAUGGUCAACAUAGACUUUUAAUGGUCAAACAGGAAUCCUACGUUCUUCUGACUGACGACGUCGAAGACGGUAGAGUUCUAGAAGAAAUGUGAUUGCUUAAAAACAGUAUAUGAAAAAUUAAAAACGCUUCAAGUGUUGCACUUCCUCUCCGAGACUGUAUUCAAUUGUCAAAAUGUUUUUUCUUAGUUUUUAUCAAGAUUACUUCUAUUGGUAAGACAUUAUCAUUCAUUUAUUAUUAAUUUAGGCAAAGUUUCUUCAUGGUAAUAUAUUUUAACAUUUUUUUUUUUUCAUUUAAAUCUAUAAAAUGCAUUUAUUCUCUAGAAUAAAUAUAUUAUUUCUACAUUAUCUAAAAAUGAAAAAAGUAUCUUAUAGGCCACAAGUGAAACAAAAAUUUUGUUCAGUUAUGAAAUUGAGGGUGCAUAUGGGCAUCUUCAAUUUGCAACGAAAUAUACAUGACAUUAAUUUUAAA